AUGACCACCAGCCUUCGCGGUGGUGCGGGUCUCAUUGGGAAGGCUUUAACGUCUAAACUCUUGUCGAAGAAUGCAAAUGUUCGGAUUAUUUCUCGUAAUCCCAAUCGCAGUGGGGACCUGUCUUGGAAAGUGGUGGAAUCUUCCGGCUUACCUGGAGACACCCAUGUUGUCAUCAACCUUGCAGGUAGCAACAUCGGCGAGGUCAGCCCAAGACUAUUGAUUCCCAGUGCUAUGAGAAGUUUUCUACAAGAUGUUUAUUCAAGUCGUGUAAAGACCACUCAGAUUUUAGUCAAAAGUAUUCCCAAGACCACGAAAACAUUCAUAAACGCCUCGGCUAUCGGUUUCUACGAACCCCACCUUUCUCGUUGUUAUACUGAGGAUGAUCCCAGUGUCGACUACGGUUUUCUGGCUCGUCUCGUGCGCGAUUGGGAGGCCGCUUGUUCUGGAACCCAGCUUGAAGGUGUUCAACGUGUUUUCGUCCGAACGGGUAUCGUUCUUUCAAAGGAUGGAGGAGCUCUCUCAAAAAUGUAUCCAGCUCACCGUCUUGGCUUAGGCGGCCCCAUUGGCAGUGGACAGCAGUGGCUCUCGUGGAUUCAUAUUGACGAUCUCGUCAACCUCUAUUGCUUUUUGAUCAUGGAUCCCGCAGGUCGACAACUUACGGGAGCAGUGAACGGCACUGCACCAUGCCCUGUUCGUCAGGGUGCAUUUUCGCGUGCGCUCAGUGAGUCACUGGGCGUCCCCUCCAUUGGUGGGUGCAUUCCCACACCGGCCUUCGUGAUUCGCGCUAUUAUGGGGAAAGAACGUGCGCCACUGCUCCUUGAGGGCCAGCGUGUGCUGCCCGCCAAAGCCCAGGCGGCCGGCUUCAAGUUCAACUUCCCCACGCUAGAGUUGGCAUUGGAGAGCAUCUACGGCAGGCGACCGCAACCUGUACCCAUCGACUGA